ACCUGGACCCCCACCAAAGAAACCACCAUCCUAGUACCCUACACCUACCUCUCCACGCAACCGGGCAAGAACUUCCGUUCUCAACUCCUCCUCGCCUUCAACGAAUACCUGCACAUCCCCCCCGAAGCCCUAACAACCAUCACCAACAUCAUCACCAUGCUUCACACGGCGUCGCUUCUCAUCGACGAUAUCCAAGAUCAUUCUACCCUGCGAAGAGGACAACCAGUCGCACAUGCGGUAUUCGGUGAGCCGCAGACGAUUAAUUCGGCGAAUUAUGUGUAUUUUCUUGCCUUGGGGGAGGUUAUGAAACUGGGGAGUGAGGAGGCGGUGAGGGUUUAUGGGGAGGAGAUGGUGUGUUUGCAUAGAGGGCAGGGGAUGGAUUUGUUUUGGAGGGAUACAUACACCUGCCCAACGGAGGCGGAAUAUCUCGAAAUGACAAGCAACAAAACUUCCGCGCUGUUUCGGCUCGCUGUGAGGCUUAUGCAGACACAAUCACGAUCACCCCCUCCUACACCUACCGCCAGGAUUAUCCUAUUGGUGAAUACCUUAGGGAUCCUAUUCCAAAUCGUCGAUGAUUACCGGAAUCUCUGUAAUAAAAGCUACACAGACAAGAAAGGGUUUGCGGAGGAUUUGACAGAAGGGAAGUUUUCCUUUCCGGUGAUUCAUUGUAUUCAGAAAGAUAAAGAGAAUGGGGAGUUAUUAGGAAUAUUGAAGCAGAGGACGGAGAUUGUCCAGGUGAAGAGGUAUGCGGUGGGGAUGAUGCAAAGGAUGGGGAGUUUGGAGUAUACGAGGGGGGUUAUUGGCGCACUGGUGGAGAAAGUCAGGGGGGAGGUUAGGGGGUUGGAU